UUUUUGGGUGGGCGGCGGCGAGGUUUUCCCAAAUACAAAUUUCUCUAUGAUCCCGCGAGCCCCAUCUCAAUUCGCCCGGGCCAUGAAUCAGCGCAAAAGGUAAAUCGGCGGAUCCAUCCCCUCUCGCCCUUCAUCCGAUGGCAUCGACAUCCAUAUCGAGCCCUGUUCCCGCUGCGUGGUAUCCAACUCUGGCCUUCCUCAAGCUGGUCGCUGGACUAAUCGGCACUGCGACCUUCUUCAUCUAUGAAGCUACCUCAUCGGGGCGAAAACGCCGCUUGUCAAGGGAGAUCAUGACUGGAGCUGUGGCAUCUGUCUUCUUGGGUUUUGGUUCUUUAUUCUUGUUGCUGGCAUCUGGUGUUUAUGUUUGAUUCAAUUCUAUAGCAAACCAACCAUCCUUUUUAUGGGUAUUGUUUUCUUAAUGGAGGGGAGAUUUUUGGAUAAAUCUAGACCUUAAGGUCUGGGCCAAAACUUUUUUAUGAACCGUGGAUGCGUUUUAUGUACUUGACAUGCAAGACAGAUGCACAUGAGUGCUCGUGGACAAAAGCAACGCAGCACUUGGAAUUUGUGCAGAAUACUUGUGAUCGUGUUAUUUAACAUUCUGUGCACGAGGAUGCACUGUUAAUUUGUGAAGCUAUUAGCUGUUGUUUUCCUCAUGUAGUGUUCUACUAAAGGGUGAACAGUUACACGUAUGGGAAAAAGGAUCAUGAACUAGUGUUCUGUCUCCCCUUGUGCUGAAAGGAAUAAAAUUUUCUGUUUUCACUCA